CCUCUCCAGAUGAGCAGUGUGAAGCGACUGCGGCCCCGUCUCAACUCCAUCCUGUUUAAGCUGCAGUUUGAUGAACAGGUCAACAACCUCCGUCCAGACAUCAUGGCUGUUAACGCAGCCUGUGAAGAGGUGAGGAAGAGCAAGGGGUUCAGCCGGCUGCUGGAGCUGGUUCUUCUGCUGGGCAACUACAUGAACGCAGGCUCUCGCAACGCACAGAGCUACGGCUUUGACCUCGGUUCCCUCUGCAAGCUGAAGGACACAAAGUCAGCUGACCAGAAGUCAACGUUACUCCACUUCCUGGCUGCGGUGUGUGAGGAGGAGUUCCCAGAGGUCACCAAGUUCUCCGACGACCUGCAGCACGUUGACAGAGCCAGCCGAGUCUCAGCGGAGUCCCUGGAGAAGAACCUAGUUCAGAUGGAGAGACAGCUGGUUCAACUAGAGAGAGAUCUGGACACCUUCUCCUCUCCUGACGACUCUGAAGAUCUCUUCACUGCCAAGAUGUCUAGCUUCUCCACGUCGGCCAGAGAGCAGUACCAGAAGCUGCUGAUCAUGCACGGCACCAUGGGAACCCUCUACCAGAACAUGCUGGACUACUUCGCUAUGGACUCCAAGAAGACCUCCGUCGAGGAGCUAUUCACAGACCUCAGCAACUUCAGAACCAUGUUCCUGCAAGCGCUGAAGGAGAACGUGAGGAGGAGAGAGGCAGAGGAGAAACAGAGGAGAGCGUGGGUGGCCAAGGAGAAGGCGGAGAGAGAGAAGCAGGAGAGACAGCAACAGAAGAAGAGGAGACUGCUGGAGGUCAACGCAGAGAACAGCGAUGAGACAGGAGUGAUGGAUAGUUUGCUGGAGGCUUUGCAGUCUGGAGCAGCGUUCAGAGACCGACGGAAGAGAGCACCCCGGCCCCGAGAUGGUCAGAUGAGCCUCAGUCCCAGUUCGUACCUCCAGGUUCUGAAGCCCUGUAACCAUGGUAAUGACAACCCAGCCUCCGUCGCACAGCGUGUUCU